UAGACGCUCAAUGUCUGUGUCGAUACGCGAAAUAGGAGAUCCUCCAAGACAAGCCUCCUGUGCCUGACUCACGUCAUCGUUUAUUACGUCUAAGGCAUACCAGUAUCACGUUUCUCUUCACCGUACGACAAUUAAAUGCGCAUAUAAAAAGUCUAUUGGUGCAGCACGCACUACCUCGAGAGUUGAGAGGCAAACGCUUAGCCAACAUUGUUCAAUGUAUACACUAAAACUACUCAUUAUUUAGUUUAGGCUAAAUAAACAUAUAUUACGUCUCUUCAUAGAACAGCCGGUACUGUUAGUGUGAAACUGUGUCAAAACUUUAAACCGUAAACGUCUCACCAUGCCUAGAAGCUGCAUUAUGUGUCCACGAUGGAAGACGGAAAUGUGGUUUCCAAAAGAGCAACAAUGAGGUGAAGUGGUUCCUUGAUCAAUGCGAUAUUAUGGAAUUUAACUGCGAAAAUAAUGCCAGUUUCAACCGAGUUUCGUCGUCCGCGUGCCUACAAGUACCACCUUUAUAGAAGCUAUUAUGAUUAAAUUUUAAAGAUUCACCAAGUUUAUACAUUUCUUAUCUAGUUUAUAAAUUGCUUAAACCUUUUUAAAGUUAUCCUAAACAAAGCAAGCAAACUAAAUUCUAGUAAGAUGAUUUAUUUUAAUUUCGGCCAUGAGUGUAUGAUUCAAGAUGUGAGUAGUAAGCUACCAGGGUUUUUAAAAAACAUAGUGAGCUUUUAAAAUAAAUGGUAUUAUUUUUUAAAUAUCUGAGUGAUGUGAAAAUCAGUGUAAAAGUUCUUUGGUUGAAGAUACUAAUAAUAUACGUUCAAUUAAUGUAUUAAAUAUUUGAUACGCAUUCCGAGUACUCACAACUCAGUAUAUACAAAUCCAAAGCAAACAGGAAGUCAUAGACAAUAGAAGUUAACUUCAACAAUGUUUAGGACAAUGAGUUACUUUAACCUAAUCGCGCGGCCACAGCAGUCACAUAGAAAAUGGUUACGAAAAUUAAUCUCCUGAUGGUCUUCUACGUUUUAUCAGUGGCUGCCCACGGACCGCCGCGAGACAGAGACAAUGAAGACAUCGCUAUGGGGCGGAAGAUGGGUGCCAAAUGGUGCAGCAUGGCCAAAGUAUGCAACCACGACCGUAUACCAAUCUGUGGUGUCAGCCAUGCUGGUGACGUCAUGGGAUUCCGGGAUUUGUGUGACAUGUUCGACUAUAACUGUAUAAGGCGGCGAAAUUAUAAACAGACUGGAUGUCCUCAAGACAAAUCUAUUCUGACUGCAUCUCGUCGACCAACCAACAGCUAUUAUGAUGAUUAAAAAUUGAAUAUUCACCUACUACAAUAUUAAAUAAACAUGUAUAAGAAAUGAAAAUAAAGUAAUCCAGUUUUUUGUUAACCUUA